AAUCACCAGAUGCUGAUACAGCCAUGGAGGUAGCUACAUCAGAACAGCAUGUUUCUGAGGCAAUAUAUGAUUGUGUUAUUUGUGGACAAAGUGGUCCUUCUACUGAAGACAGACCUACAGGGCUAGUUGUACUAUUACAAGCAUCCUCAGUGUUGGGACAAUGCCGCAAUAGCACUGAGCCAAAGAAACUACCAACUACUGAAGAGGAGCAAAUAUACCCUUGGGAUACGUGUGCAGCACUGCAUGAUGUGAGGCUUACAACUUUACAGCGAUACUUUAAAGAUAGUUCCUGUCUGCAAGCAGUGUCAAUAGGCUGGGAAGGAGGUGUUUAUGUACAAACUUGUGGUCACACUUUACACAUAGAUUGUCACAAAUCUUACAUGGAAUCUUUACGGAAUGACCAGGUUCUCCAGGGUUUUUCAGUGGACAAAGGAGAAUUUACGUGCCCCCUCUGUAGGCAGUUUGCUAACAGUGUUCUUCCUUGUUACCCUGGAAACAACGUGGAAAGAAGCCUUUGGCAAAGUCAUAGUAACAAGUGUAUGCAAGAUCUUGUACAAGAAGUGGAAGAUCUUCAAGAACAGCUGGGAACUUUCCCAGUAAGCAUCAGUUCUGAAACCAAUCUCAGUAAAGAAAUGGAGUCUGUAAUGAAAGAUAUAAAAAGUACCACACAGAAGAAGUAUACAGAUUACAGUAAGAGUCCUGGAUCACCUGACAAUGAUUUUCUCUUUAUGUAUUCAGUAGCCAGAACAAACUUGGAACUUGAGCUGGUCCAUAGAGGAGGCAAUUUAUGUUCAGGAGGUGCAAGCACAGCUGGGAAAAGAUCAUGUUUAAAUCAGCUGUUCCAUGUGUUGGCCAUGCACAUGCGCCUCUACAGUAUAGACUCUGCAUACAAUCCCUGGAGAAAACUAACCCAGCCGAUGCAGGAUAAAAAUUCAGAGCUGAUAAGUGAAGAGCUGCCAGAAGUUCCUGUGCUUUACAGAGAUGUCUCAUCCCUUUUGCUUAUCCAGAUUUUAACCAUGCCUCAACCAUUGCACAAAGAACACUUCACCUGCAUUAUUAAAGUGCUGUUCACUUUAUUGUAUACUCAAGCCUUGGCAGCACUUUCUGUUAAAUGCAGUGCUGAAGAUAGGAUGGCAUGGAAAGAGUCAGGAGCUCUCAAAAAGAACACAUCCAGUGGAGAAAAAUCUUGGGAAGUAUUGCUGGGUCAUGUGAUUAGUGAGCUGUCUAAGGGGAAGAUAUAUGAAGAAGGAGAGACUGAAGAAUUAACAGUGGUGAAUCCUGAUUCUGUAGAGUGCUAUCUGCAGCAGUUCUGCCUGCCUUUCCUCAGGAUCACAAGCCUUCUUCAACACCACCUUUUUGGAGGGGAUUUACCUAGUUGCCAGGAAGAUGAAGAAUUCACAGUUCUUGCAAGCUGCCUGGGUCUACUACCAUCUUUUCAGUCAGCUCAUCACUUCACCAGUGCCUCUUGUCUUGAUUGGCCAGUGCCAGCAUUUGACAUGAUAUCACAGUGGUGCUCAGAAUUGGCUUCAUUUGCAGAUAGACAUCCAGAUCCAGUAAAGGCUUUGCUUAUCCAGGAGCCGAAGUGGGACUUGCCACGCCUCCUUCAGUUGCCUGAGAAUUAUAAUACCAUUUUUCAGUAUUAUCACAGAAAGACUUGUACUGUUUGUACAAAGGUUCCUAAAGAUCCUGCCGUUUGUCUAGUUUGCGGUACUUUUGUAUGCUUGAAAGGACUAUGCUGCAAACAACAGAGUUACUGUGAAUGUGUACUGCAUUCUCAAAACUGUGGAGCUGGAACAGGAAUAUUUCUUUUGAUUAAUGCAUCUGUAAUCAUUAUCAUACGAGGCCAUCGUUUCUGCCUUUGGGGUUCUGUUUAUCUAGAUGCACAUGGUGAAGAAGACAGAGAUCUUAGGCGUGGUAAACCUCUCUACAUAUGCAAGGAAAGAUACAAAGUGCUUGAGCAGCAGUGGGUGUCUCAUACUUUUGAUCAUAUCAAUAAAAGAUGGGGGCCACAUUAUAAUGGCUUGUAAAUCAUCAUCAUCGACACACCUCACCAUUGCUGUUACCAUGAAUGAAUGCAUCUUGACUGACAAUAGCUUUAAUUGAAUGGGAGUUCAGCUAUUUGGCUCAGGGUGGAGUGGGGUAUGAGCAUAAAAGGGAAAUGGAACUUCGUGAACAUGUGAAAUUUUUUGCAAAAUUAUCUGCUGUUGUGACUAAAUAAUGAUACAAUAAUUUGAAAUUAAAUCCUCAAAAUGAUGUGAGCAAUCUGAUUGCACUCAGUAGUCCAUUUUUCUUUUGUUUUUAAAAGCCCAUUAUUGUUAAUAAGCACAAAUUUUACUUACUGUUGUUUAGAGGCUCCAGGGGUAGCUGUCAGGUUUUUUUUCCUUUCUGCAUGGAGUUGAGUUUUUAGCAAUUUUUGCUGAAACAGUGUAUAUGUCUACUACUAAAUAUGUAGGAUAAAA